UAUUGUUUCUGCUUUUUUGUUUUGUUUUGUUUUUUUAUUAUUUUUUUUAUUAAUUACACAUUAUUCACUUGUUUCUGUUUUUAUAUGUAGAAAUGUGUGCAGUUGGUAAUUAAGUAGUUUUUCUUGUGUGUUGUCAUAGUUUUCAAAGUGUAACUUUAGUUCUAGUGCCUUGGUGCACAUUUUAUUUCCCUGGAAACUCAUCAUUUCAUUUCCCUUUAUACUGUGAGCAAGGAAUUAAUAGUUAAUGCUAGUGAUAUUUGGUUUAGUUGAAAUGUUUUAUGUUUCAUUUUUUAAAAAAGGGAGAAAGCCAGGUAGCCUGUUUAUUCUGACACUUAGAACAUGUAAUGAUUGGUUCAAUUUUGACAUAUUAGAAAAACUAUGCUAGAUGCUUUACUUUUAGAAUUUUAUUUUAUUUAUUUUGUAGGCAAGUGUGUGAGCAUGUGUGUUUUCGAGUAUGUGUGUGAGAGUAUGUAAAUGAAUGUGUAAGCAUGUAUGGGAGUGUAUUUGUAUGUGGGAGUGUGAGUGUAUGAAAGUAUAUAUGUGAGCAUGUGUGAGUGAUUGUGUGAGUGUGUGUGUGAGCAUGUGUGAGUGUAUGUGUGGUGUGUGUGAGCGUGCAUUUUUGUGUCUGUGUCUGGUUAGUGCCUCAUGUGCUGUUCUUUAUGUACAUCAUCUUUCGUUUGUUUGUUUGUUUGUUUGAUAUAGACUCACAUUUGUCCGGAACUGGCCAGUGGCCAAGUAGACUAGGCUGGCUGGCCUGUGAGCCCCAGGAUCUGCCUAUUUCUACCUUUCCACCUCUGAGAUUAUAAGACCCAUACCAAAAUGUCUGGCUUCCCCCCCUUCAAAUAUGGAUUCUGAGGAUCAAACUCAGAUUCUCAUUUUUGCAAAGCAGCUUACUGACUAAGCUUACUCCUUAGCUCCCUGUGCUAUUUUAUUUCUUUUAUCUUUUAGGACUCAGGAGUUUGGUGCUUUCUAUAGAGAAAAUGUCAGUCGUUUUCCUUCCUCUGAGUAACAGAAUUCACCUUUAGGUUAAUGAGCUAAGAUAAAUCUCACUGUAUUUAGCUUAUUCAGUUGUUUCCUGUAAAAAACAGAUACCUGCUUCUUUGAGGACAUCACUGGUUAUCAGAGGGGGAGUGUUCCAGUGCUCCAGGAUAGUAGGGAGUGCUUUCCUCCAGAGGUCAUACAGCUUAAUUCAUGGGUGAGGAGGUUGUUAUUUCUUUUAGUAUGUGUUUGUGUGUGUACUGUGUAUAUGUGGCCGUGUGUGUACCACCCAGCUUUUAUGUGGGUGUUGAGAAUCUGAACUCAAGUCCUCAUACCAAGCAUUUUACCUACUGAACCAUCUCUGCAGCCUUGUUUCUCUACUGCACUGAAAUACUUGGUGCCUUGGAAUUGUUUGUUUAAAUUUAGCAGAAAGCUGUGCAAAGUGUUGAUUUUCUCCUUACACAAAUUGCAUAAGUGUAUAUAAUCCUAGUGAUGUAAAUGUUGAGAAAUAUAAAAUAUGGACACUAGGUACUUGGUUCCUAGUCAUGACCAAGCUUCUUGCAUUGGUGGAGACAGAACAGAUUGCACAGACUUUGAGAGUUGAGGCUGUUAGAAGUCUGACAGUUGGCAGCUGUGAUGUAAAGACCUGUCACUGUCUGUAAUUGACUUUUUGUUGUUCCUUCAACCUCCCCUAAACCAGAAACUCACAUUGAUCUUUAUGACCUCACAUGUAGGAAAUACUAGCUACCUGUGAAAAAGCGCAAACACUACGUGGAUAUCUUUGUCUAUGUCAUCAGCUCUUGUGAAUGUAAUCUGCUACCACCUUUCUUUUCUGUCUUCUAAAUACCCUUAGACUACCUCUUUCAGAUCUGAUCCUGCAUCCUUACUCCAUUAUCAGGUUUCCCUGAACUUCUGUAAAAGUCACUUGAUUAGUUUUCCAUAUUUACUCUUCCCUCCUCUGAUCUCACCACUUUUAGAGGAAUCUUUAAAGAAAAAAAAAAAAGUAGUUGUAAUCUUUUUGGUCCCCUGAUUUAAAUUCUUGAUGUUUUAUUGCCUUUAGAAUUCAGCCCAAACUGUUAGGCCGUUAGACAACAGCUGCAGUGAUGUUCUAGUUCUCGUGUCUCUGGCAGUUUGAAUAAGGACUGUCCCCCAUCAUCUCAAGCACUCUUUAGGAGGUGCAGCCUUGCUGGAGGAAGUAUGUCACGGGGAAGCAUUUGAGAGCCUGAGGUCCCCUCUUUACUUUCAGGUUGCUCUCUGCUUUGUACUAGUGGUUGAGAUGAGCUCUUUUAUUUCCCUGCCCUGCUGCCAUGCCCCUCCCACACACACACCAUGAUGAACUCUUACCACUUUGGAACUAUAAGCUUAAAUAAACUCUUUCUUUUAAAAGUUGCUUUUGAUUACAGCAACAGAAAAGUAAAUAAUACAGCAUCCUAACCCUGUUUAUCGAAUUCAUAGUACCAAUAUAUCUCCAAAUAUUCUUUCUUUCUUUUGUUUUAUUGAGACAGGGUUUUCCUGUGUAACCUUGGCUGUCCUGAACUCACUUUGUAGACCAGGCUGGCCUCAAACUCACAGAGAUCCACCUGCCUCUAUUUCCCUGAGUGCUGGGAUCAAAGGUGUGUGCCACCAUGCCCAGCUUAAAUAUUCUUUCAUAAAGGACACCUUUCACUCCUCAGACUAGACUAGACAUGUCUCCUCUAUCACUGUUUACCUAGUUUUCUUCAAACACCAUUAUCAUUUGCUUACUUACUCAUGUGAUGAUCGUACCUACCCAGCAGACUGGUCUUGAUGAAGCCAAAACCUGGUGUAUGUUUUAUUGAUUACUGUGCCCAAUGCUGGGGAGGCCUAGCAGGUGGUAGAGACUCAGUAAGCUUCUGUUAACCAGUUCUUCCCACAUCUACUACUCGUCACCUAGGUACUUAAGUAUAGUGACUUCUGGCUCAUUUAACUUCUCAGUAACAUCUCAUUCCACAUAUAAACCUAUAACCUUAUCAUAGUCUCUCAGAGCCUUGCCUGAUUGGCCACCACUACCCCUUAAUUUUUUGUUGUUCAUCUUAUAGCAGACAACUUGAGAUGGCCAGUGUAGAUUGUCAACUUGAUAGCAUCUAGGACCUCCUAGGAAAGAAGCCUCUGGGCACAUCUGUCAGGGGUCAUCUUGGUGAGGUUAUCUGAGCUGGGAGAACCCACCCUAUGGGCAGCUUUAUUCCCUGGGCUUGCAUGCUGGACUUCAUGGAAAGAAAGCAAAGAGUCAACAUUCAUCACCCUGUUCUUCCUGACUGUGGACACAGUGUGUGACCAGCUGCUCUCAAGCUCCUGAUGCCUUGACUACCCUGGCACAAUGGACUGCACUCUUGAACUGUGAGCCAAAAUAAAUUCCUCCUUCCUUAAGUUGCUUUUAUCAGGGUCUUCAUCACAGCAGCAGGUAUAGUAACAGAAAAUUGAUCCCAAGAAGUGGGGCCUUUGUUGGGAUUAACUUGAACACAUUGCUCAAAGGCCCUUGAAACUAGUUUGUGGGAAGAAUGUGGAAGAAUUUAGAACUUUGGCAAGAAAAACCCUUGACUAUUGUAAGCAGAAUUUAAUGCUUCUGGAAAUGAUAAGAGAAAUGAAGUCAUGGCUUCAGAGGAGAACAAGGACUCAGUUAUGAAGUGGGAUCUGGCUAAAUUAAGUUAAGUAGAAUUUUUGUUUGUUCGCUUGUUUGUUUUUGUUUUGUUUUGUUUUUGAGACAGGGUUUCUCUGUGUAACAGAGCCCAGGCUGGCCUCGAACUCAGAUAUCCACCAGCUACUACCUCCCAAGUGCUGGGAUUAAAGGUGUAAUACCUCCAUGUACCAAGUCAAGUAGAAUUUAAAGGGAGUAGACUAAUUUGUUUGGCAGAGAAAAAAAAAAUCUGAAGACAGGAUAGCAAUCAGGCUGGUGCUGGGAAAGCAGCUGUAACUGUUAACCAGAUCAUUGAAGAGAAACCUGUGUUGCACUGGACAGUAGGAAAGGCCCUGAAAGCAAAAUCUCAUCAGAUUCUCCAUUUGAUCAGGAUACACACACAGUCAAAGGAAGAAAGCCUAAACUGAAUGUGUUCUUGAUUCCUUGGAAGCAUUUGCCUUGAAGAGGUCCUUGAAGUCAGCACUCAGAAGCUGCUGUAGCUGUUGUCGAGGGAGCCAGCUAUGUCUUGAGCUAGAACCUGGCAUUGUUGUCCACCUGGUACUAGUUUUGAAAUCAGUGGAAGAUGUAAGAUUGAGGAGGUUGUGGAUUUUUGUUCCACAUCUUAAGACAGCAGCUGGAGCCAGGAAGUGUGACAAGGCCAGAGUCCCCGCAAGAGGCCUGCGGGGCCACUGCAUGAAGUCAUGACUGUGAAGUCUUAAGCUAUAAUGUUGAUGUCAGAACUGUGGGCCAUCCAGCAAAGACAGCUGCACGCAUGAAGGGAAGCUGACUCAAGGAGUUGUGUGUGUCUAGGGCAGCAUGCCUGGAAGGAUGGGGCUGCCUAAUCCCUUUGGAGCCUGGAAGAUCACAUCACAAGCCCAGAAUGCCAGCCGUGGUGCUGCAAGCUGAGUGUUCUCUCUGUUGGGUUUAUGCUUGCUUUUGGCGUGAUUACUCCUUGCUGUGACUCCACUCCUCCCUUUCAGAGGAGGAAUGGUUACUCAUGUCAUUUUGUGUUGGAACUGUGUAACUUGCUUUUUAUUUUCUAGGCACUCAAGUCAAGAGAUUGCCUCAAAUCUCAAAUAAGACUUUGGACUUUUGAACAGUAUUGGAAUUAUUAAAGACUGUGGGGACUUUCAGAGUUGUACUGAACAUAUUUUUGCACUGUAAGAUGGUCAUGUGGGCUGGCAGGAAAAUACUCAGAAAGUAUUGCUUUCUCUUUUGACCUGAGUUUGAUCCCCAAGACCAAAGUGUGGAAGGAGAGAACUGAUUCCUGCACCUUGUCCUCUGAACUCUGUGUGUGUUGGUGUGUGUGUGUGUGUGUGUGUGUGUGUGUGUGUGUGUGUGUGUAAUAAGUAAAUAAGGAAAUAUAAUAAAAAUUUAAACAGAUGCUCAUAAAAUUCUGGAAAGAAGGGAUGAAAGGUCCUUGGCUUCACAUUGAUGUGUUUGGGUGUCAAGUUGCAAAGGAUGGAGUUGUGGUUCAUGUUGAUGUUGAUCAUCAACCUGAUAGUGUCUAGAACCUCCUAGGAAACAAGCCUCUGGGCACACCUGUCAGGGGUCAUCUUGUUGAGGUUAUCUGAGGUAGAAGGACCCAUGCGAUGGGCAGCUCCAUUCCAUAGGCUUGCAUCCUGGACUUCAGAAAGAAGAAAACAGGCAGAGUACCAGCUUUCAUCACCUUGUUCUUCCUGACUGUGACACAGCGUGAUGAGCUGCGCUUGAGCACCUGAUGUCUUGACUACCUUGGCACAGUGGACUGCACUCUUGAACUGUGAGCCAUAAGUUCCUCUUUUCUUAGGUUGUUUUUAUUAGGUUCUUCAUCACAGCAGCAGGACAAGUAAGUAGGACACCGGCCCCGGCACACUCUUCUCUAGAAAUGCUGGAACUUUCUUCUGAAGCUUUAGGGCCUCUGUAUUUGAGACUCCUUGCUUGUGAAUGCUCUUGUCUUCAAUGCCAAUGUGAAUUAAUCACUCAUCUUCAUGUACUUGGGGUCGUUGAGUGGGGCUUUUUCCAACCAUCAUAUUUUAAUUGCAUAACAUCUCCAUUCCAGUUCUCUGCUCUCUUCUGUAUGUAUUCAUCUCAUAUUGACAUCCUCUUCACUAGUAUUUUUCCCAGGACUGAACAGGAACACAUAUGAGACACUAGAACAUGUUUAUUAAACAGGUGAAUUUAACCUGUACUAAUAGGUAUGUAUAGAUCUGUGCCCAAAACUGAAGUUCUUGUUUUAGAAAAUUACUGUGAAGAAUGAGUUAAAUUCAUAUUCUGCUUUAUUCUAAAAAAAAAAAAAUACUCGAAGUAGCUGUAGUACAGUGUUGGGAAGACAUAUACAGAGAACAAAACAAAGAGUGUAAUUUUAAACUGGAUAAUGCUUAUAUGCAGAAGGUCCUACACAGUGGCAGCAGUCAGGUCUUACACUGGAGCCAUUGAAAGUUAACUUCCUCAGGUAUGACCUUACUGGUACCAUGGGACAGGUCACAGAUAUUUGAGUCCAGAACCCUGAAAACCUACUUGCCUAGACGGAAGUUUGAAAUUGCUCUUCUGGAAAAACUUUCCUGUGUUAAAUCUCUGCGGGUCUGUUCAUCAUCACAGCUUGCUGCAUCUGAGAGCUGGCGGUUACCAGAACCAGCUGCUGUUGCUGCUGUCAUGUCUAAACAUUUCUGGAGUUGAUGCAAACUGGGUGACUGGAUGUUUUGGAAAGUCAUUUGCCAAAGGUAUUAACAAGCACAUGGACCACUCCAGCUCCUUCUGUUCCAGCCAUGAGGAAGGUUUUAGAGUCCUCUCUUGCAUCAAGCCUCCAUUGCUAUAAUCCUCUGAGUGUUUUCUCAGGACCUGAGUCACCCUCAUGGCACAAUGGCCAACCCUCAGGAGCACCUGAGCUGCUCCUCUUCACCGCAUUUGCCCUUGGCUGAGAACAAAACCUCUGGGGGACGAAAUGAGCUUGCAGCCAUGGGGAACCACCCUUCACCCAAGCCCCCCGAGGACCUGCAGGACAGGGGGGCUGUGCAAUCAGAGCUGAUGGAGCUCACUGGGAGCCCUGUCUCCACAGCAGUGCUGACCAGCGUGAGCGAGGAUUCCAGGAGCCAGUUUGAGAACAGUGUUCUUCAGCUAAGGGAACAGGAUGAAUCAGAGAUGACUGUGUCGCCAGGGAACAGCACCACUGUGGAUGGAGAGAGCACGAACGGACCUGAAGAUGUCAAGAUUCAGUUCAGCAGGUCAGGCAGUGGCAGCGGAGGGUUUCUGGAAGGGCUGUUUGGAUGCCUCAGGCCUGUGUGGAACAUCAUCGGGAAGGCCUACUCCACUGAUUACAAGCUGCAGCAGCAAGAUACUUGGGAAGUGCCAUUUGAGGAGAUAUCAGAGCUGCAGUGGCUGGGUAGUGGAGCCCAAGGAGCUGUCUUCCUGGGCAAAUUCCGAGCAGAGGAGGUGGCCAUCAAGAAGGUUCGAGAACAAAAUGAGACGGACAUCAAGCAUCUGAGGAAACUGAAGCACCCUAACAUCAUCGCCUUCAAGGGUGUUUGCACACAGGCCCCAUGUUACUGUAUCAUCAUGGAGUACUGUGCCCAUGGACAGCUGUAUGAGGUCUUGAGAGCUGGCAGGAAGAUCACACCUCGGUUGCUCGUGGACUGGUCCACGGGGAUUGCCAGUGGGAUGAAUUACCUCCAUCUCCACAAAAUUAUACAUCGUGAUCUCAAGUCACCGAAUGUUCUAGUGACUCACACAGAUGCAGUCAAAAUUUCAGAUUUUGGUACAUCUAAGGAGCUCAGUGAUAAGAGCACCAAGAUGUCCUUUGCUGGCACAGUUGCGUGGAUGGCACCUGAGGUGAUCCGGAAUGAGCCUGUCUCUGAAAAGGUUGACAUAUGGUCUUUUGGAGUGGUGCUUUGGGAGCUGCUGACAGGGGAGAUCCCCUACAAGGAUGUGGACUCUUCAGCCAUCAUUUGGGGUGUUGGGAGCAACAGUUUGCAUCUCCCAGUUCCUUCUACUUGCCCAGACGGAUUCAAAAUCCUUAUGAAACAGACAUGGCAGAGUAAGCCUCGUAACCGGCCGUCCUUCCGCCAGACACUCAUGCACCUGGACAUCGCGUCUGCGGAUGUGCUUGCCACCCCACAAGAAACGUACUUCAAGUCUCAGGCCGAAUGGAGAGAAGAAGUGAAAAAACACUUUGAGAAAAUCAAAAGUGAAGGGACCUGUAUACACCGAUUAGAUGAAGAACUGAUUCGCCGGCGCAGGGAGGAGCUCAGGCAUGCCCUGGAUAUCCGAGAGCACUAUGAGAGAAAGCUUGAGCGCGCUAACAACCUGUACAUGGAACUGAGUGCCAUCAUGCUGCAGCUGGAAAUGCGGGAGAAGGAACUCCUCAAGCGAGAGCAAGCAGUGGAAAAGAAGUAUCCUGGGACCUACAAACGACACCCUGUCCGUCCAAUAAUCCACCCAAAUGCCAUGGAGAAACUUAUGAAACGGAAGGGCACACCUCACAAGGCGGGAGCACAGACUAAGCGGCCAGACCUGUUGCGAUCUGAAGGCAUCCCUAGUACAGAAGCGGGUCCCACUGCAUCGCCUCUGUCUGGAAGCCCCAAGAUGUCCACCUCAAGCAGCAAGAGCCGAUAUCGAAGCAAACCACGUCACCGCCGAGGGAAUAGCAGGGGCAGCCAUAAUGAUUUUGCAGCAAUCUUAAAAAGCCAGCCAGCCCAGGAGAAUUCACCCCACCCCACCCACCUGCAUCACGCUCAGGCUCAGUGUCCUUCUGUCCAUCCGCACGAUCCUCUCCAGCAGCAAAACCAGCAACUCCCUCCUGCCCUGCCUCAGAGCCGCCACCCUAGACUCAACACGCAUGGGCAGGACAUUGCGACCUGUGCCAAUAACCUGAGGUACUUUGGCCCAGCAGCAGCCCUGCGGAGCCCGCUCAGCAACCAUGCUCAAAGACAGAUGCCUGGCUCCAGCCCCGACCUCAUCUCCACAGCCAUGGCAGCAGACUGCUGGAGAAAUUCUGAACUCAGCCAGGACCAAGUCAGACCCUGGGGCUGUUGUCAGGCUGAACCCUACGAUCCCUGUUUCCAGUGCAGGCCGGAACACUCUUUAGAUGUUCCCACUACUGAGCCAGUGGGGAGGAGUCCAGACCGGUCCAGUUCACCAGCACACAAUCCUCUUUCAGGAAACGCCCAAAGCUCUGAGAGAAUGGAGGCAAAUGGAUUCAGUGGCUGUCAAUCUGGUGUUUCUCAUCAAUUCACACCCCCAAUGCUACCUCAAAAGACACGGCCCCUUCAGAAGAGUGGAGAUGACUCCUCAGAGGAGGAAGGCGAAGUGGACAGUGAAGUGGAAUUUCCUCGAAGACAGAGGCCCCACCGCUGCAUCAGCAGUUGCCAGUCCUACUCAACCUUCAGCUCCGAGAACUUCUCUGUGUCUGACGGGGAGGAAGGAAACACCAGUGACCACUCGAACAGCCCGGACGAGUCCGCUGACAGACAGGAAGACCGCCUGGCAGAGAAGCUAGACGACCUGCUGUCCCAGACCCCCGAGGCCCCCAUCGACAUCUCCUCCCACUCAGACGGGCUGUCGGACAAGGAGUGCGCUGUAAGGCGCGUGAAGACGCAGAUGUCCCUGGGCAAGCUGUGCGCCGAGGAGCGUGGCUACGAGAACCCCGUGCAGUUUGGAGACUCAGACUGUGACUCUUCAGAGGGGGAGUGUUCUGAUGCCACAGUUAGGACCAGCAAGAACUACAGCUCUGCCACUUGGUGACAAGGGCCCUCCCUCAAGUCUGGAGACACUGGCAUCUCGACUUCUCUCCAGCGCUAGACUCCUCCCUCAAGCCCCAGUGGCAGGAAGGUGAGACUUGUCAAAUCUCUGGAAAAAUACCCAAAUGAAAUUACAUCUCACUGAGCAUUUCAAUCAAGAAUGGCAGGGAUCUAUUGUACCGAAUACUCCAGCUACUGUAACACUGAUAUUUAUUUUUGUUGGACAUUUUAACACUUUGUAUUGUAAAGAGUGAACUAUAUAUGAUACACAGACACAAUAAUUUCUUUACAAAAAAAAAAAAAAAAGGAUAGGAAAUGUUGCUCUCCAGGAGCAACAAUAUGUGGGGCUGGGAGGUGUCACUGUAGCUUGAACGCAAGACCAGGUCUUUCAUCCAUACUUGAAGAGUUGUAACCAGUUUCAGCAAGUUAAAACACAAGCCAAAGGAAAUGCAGCCACAUUAAGUUCAACCAGCUUGUCCACUUGAGGGAUGGGAAUGCCCGGGAAGAGGAGCGAUCUCAUAGCACCAAAGCCUCGGAGGGCAUGUGCUCCCCCUAGGAGGAAAGCAAACAGAGCUGCGGCUGCACACCUGGAAGCCAUUUCACUUGAACGUUAAGCAGAAUCUGGUAGCCCUUAGCAAAUGCUUUUCUUUUCAUGCUGCCACCGUCACAACCUUGACCAGUGCAGGCUUUUGGACCCGAGUGCCAUUUCUCCCAAGGAGCUUCCUUCCUUUCUGAUGGUUUGGUCACUUUUUUUAGGAAGGAGAACGGGUCCUGAAAGGGAUAAAGUGGUGAGGGAAAGAGGAGUGUUGGUAAUACUAGGAAAACAGACCUGUAAAAGCUCCUUCUCGGAACAGCUGUGUCCAAGCUCUCUGAGCAAGAUGGCGCCACCCCUCUCUGGACCCAGGCUGUCUACCGACUGGAAUCAUAUUGAUUCACACAGAUGGCAGCUAGGAUGCGUGCAUUCACGUCCCCUCCCAAACCAUCUCUAUUUCUGUUUGUGAUCUCAUUCUAGCGUGGAAGCUCCGGUGGCUGUCUAGCUCUCCAGCAUAAAAGGCAGAGUUAAGCAGCCUGCAGAAGGUGACCCCUCUCGCCAUAUUUUCUUUAAAUGCUACUUGUAAAAAAAUUUUUUUUUCAUUCUGAAUCAAUACAGUUUUGUUUACUUGGAUUAGGAUAUGCGUAGAAGGAACAGCUGAUGCUAAGCAGGAAUUAGAAUCACUUUAGUUUCUCAAAAGCAUGUGAUUCUUCCUGUGUUCAGAGUCCUUGGCUAUGAAAGGUACCCCAAGGUACUUGGUGGAGCCUUGGCUUGAAGCAGGAAAGGUGUCCUAGCCCCCUGAGGGCUGGGGUCUCAGGUGGGCACUACCAUGCCUGGCUUAAAGAUGUUUUAUUUAGAAUUUGUAUACACACACAUUGGCCCGAUUCCUAUGUCUCCAAUGCAGGCUUCUGCCAAACAACCUCCCUCACAGGCUAGGUGUUGCAUCCUCUAAGGAUGUUAGGUAUUAAGACAUUCCAACCCAAAUGGGAAGGUCCUGGGCCUGGUGUCACUGACUGCAUCAGCCAAAAACAAAAUGCAGGGGGGCACUUUGAGCCGGUCUUCUGUUUGAUCCCUCCUUUGUUUACAAUUUAUGUUGAGACAUUGAUUUUAAAAUUUAGUCUAUAAUUUUUAGCUCAUAGGAAAGAUGAAGGAACAUGUCCUUAGAAAGCAGUAUUGUUUUGUUAAAUUAUUCCAUUUUGUAUGAACUGUAGCAGGACUACACAAAAGAGCUUAAGUUAUGGCAUUAUUAUCCUUGUUUUAUUUUAUAUUGUCAUAAUUUUCUGUUGACCAGAAGGUGUGGCUUAUGAUGUAGCACAAUGACUGUUUAUUGCUAAUCUUGAAUUAUUAUGGACUUUUGUGGUCCUAAGUGAAGGCCCGGGGACUGAGCUGCCCUUUGGAGUGCCUGGCAUUCCUCAGUGUAUUCCCUGGUCUCCUGAAUACUGCAGCGGUGGUCUGUGGAGGUGUGCUCUGCCCUGACACUCAGUGGGUACACUAUGAUUUUUUUUACUUGAUUGUAAAAGCUCCUGAAUAUGCAGAUGACCAAGUAGAUAAACAAGUAGUUCAAAAGUUACAAACUUUCUAAAAUGUCUUAGAAAUAAAAUCACGGGAGUAUAAUGAAGGCAAAAGGAGAUGUAAUGCUCAGACGGCAAGACAGAGCGUUUCCUUGAGGACCUGUGAGGUAAUUUCAAGAGUGGACAGCAAAGUGAGUCAUCUCCUUCCCACUGAGUCCCACAGAUUGGGAAGAGCAGAAAGAUUAGCCCUGUACAAGUCCAGCUGUGAUAUGCUUCUGUGACAGACAUGUUGUUCUGAGAGCACUGGGGGCCCAGGGCUGGAGAAUGUCAGAGGCACUGUUCCUCGUCCUCCGGCCUCGGGGCCCUUAUUCCUUGGAAUUGAGACUCUUUCUGUCCACCGCAGAGCAGAGCCAGGCGUUUGUCGAGUUGUGUGCACACCUUACUGGCCACAGUGAAACAUGAAGGCCACUUCUGUCUGGUCCUCCCAGGAAACCCACCCGAUACCUCAGUCUUCCUCAGCCUUCUGAGUUCCCACCCUGCCUGUGUGCCACACCGAGGCCACCAUACCUGAAUGAAGGGGUAUGAGCAUGCCGGGGGUGCGGUGCGGACUCCAGGCAUUCUCUGUAGCAUUAGAAUAGGAGGAGAGUCAACACAUUUUUAGGAGAAUUAUCACGGUUUCAGAACAGAAUGGUUCUAAGCAUGGCUGAAAGGGAAAAAUAGUCCCUACCUGCCUCUCCUCCACGACCUGCCUGUGAGAGCCAGGCAACUCAGAUUGCGUGUCUCCUUAAAAGCACCAUAGCCGUCAGAAGAACACAGAGUGGAGCGCUCAGGGAACGCAGGGGCCAGUUCUUCAGCGCGGUCAGCUGCCGCCACGCUGUGGUGCUCUGAGGAGCCUUGCCGGGCUGCUUUUGGGCUUCAUCCCUGAUUGAACCCCUGAUUGAACGGGUGUCUUCGUCCAGCUGGUUUUGACUGCCUACCAAGACGAGUUCCAUUUUGUACUGCAAUCAAGCACUGGAUUUUUCUUUCUGUUUGUCUAGAUCAUAUCCCUGAGUAAAAAAAAUCCCUCUUAAAAUUGCUCAGCAGGGGCUGGGGAAGGCCUGCACACUCUGAAGCAUUCCCCCCCAACACUAAGCGUAGAGCCAGCUGCAGGACUGUGGGAGCGCCCGCCCAGGACAGUGGAGGUGACAUAAGGUGACCUGGGUGGCCUGUGUGAAAACUGAGUAUUUUAAGCCUUUAGCUCCACCAAAUUAAUUCUGGAAUUAAAGUCAUUCUGAGUAAGUGCUGUCUAGUAGUUCUGCAGGGCCCCACUGUGCUAAACUAAGGGUGAUGGAGGCAAUGGGGGAGGCGGGUUCCAUGUUGCUGUCUCAGGCUCAUCAGGCGCCCCUCAAGGUAGCCUUGACAUCUUCCCAGCGGGAAUGUGUGCCCAUUGAUCUGCUGGUUUACUGUUUUCUCUCAUGCCCUCGUCUCAAAUGUUUUUAAUCAUAUCUAUAUUUUUAAAAAUCUUUGAGAACUUUGUACAUGUAUACAGUGAACUGUGAUCCUCUUCUGUCCGUUCCCCCUCCAUAUCCGAUCUAAAAGAUCCCCCUCCCAACCUCACAUUCUUGUUUGGUGGGCAGAGGCUUUUGUCUUGCGGUUGUUGUUUCGGUGACUAACUCCAGUUAGUGGCCCCAUGUAUGCACGUGUGUGGGCCAUCCACUAGAGCGUGGGAAAUUAACAGUGGGCCACUUCCACAAAAAGAGCACCUCCCUCCCCCAACAGCUGUCAACUGUCAGUAGCCCAAUAGGGGAAGGGCCUGGAGCUCUCCUUCCCGUGUCCAGUUUUCUUUUUUUAAAACAAUCAAAUCCAAGGACUUCUUGCCGCGCUCCGCAUCUACCAUGUUUUUUUCACCACCCCUGCACCCCACACCACCCCUGCACCCCACACCACGACCUGCAUCUUUUACCGAGCACCGUGUUGCCCCCUGCUGAGCCCCGCUGCACCCCAGAGCAGAGCAUCACUCACCUCUUGCUGGAACUGGUGUGCAAGGUGUUCAUUAGCCCAGCCCCGUACUCAUAAUUGUUCCCUAAAGAUGAUCCGAGAUCUUGAAUUCCCUGAUGGGAGAGUACAGGACCCUGCCAGCGGUCUCCCUACAGACCCCCACGGCUGGCAGGGAUGUGCCAGGACAGGCAAGGGCCGCUUGCCUUUAUUCCCUCCCUUUGGACCACAGUCCAGUUGACUAACCAGCAGUCACAUCUCUUUGCCCACUCCACUGAAUGUGAGCACACUCUCCCCCGUCUGUGGACAGAAGGUUCAGGUGUGUAAUCCGUUACUCGCUUCCUCCUGAGAUGCUGUGAGAAUGAUGUGAAAUUUUUGUAGAGACUUUUCUUCAACUGUCAGUAUGGAUUCAGUGCCUUUCCAGGCAGCAAGGUUUUUUCUUUGCUGAUGCCAUAGAACAAAUGUCCCAAUGUCCUCACCUCCCUCUACACUGGCCCACUGGACCUGUUGAUUUGGUUAUCUGCAUGGCUUAGUUGGCACUGAAAAUGCCCAUUCAAACAAGAAAGCUAAACUUCGUUCUGCUAAGGGAAGGGCCUGGUGGAACCUAGAAUAUUUCUCAGGGACAGGUGGCUGAAGAGGGUAGCUCUCAGAAACAGGGAAAGAGUUGGGUUAGGCUGUGGGAAACGCCACAUGGCAAAGGUGUGAUGGCAGGAUGCCAGUGCCACACCCUCAGCAUAUGAAGGCCACUGUAAGGAAGCUUCCAGCAGGAUCGCAGUCGCUUUCCAGGCCACUGUGUAGCGGGAUGGGUCACUGUCAUCCGGCCCCAGGCUGCUGUCCAGCCACGUGUGACCACCCCACCCCAGUGGCUGCCCACCUCCAGAGCAUGGGAAGCCCUUUGCGUCUUUUUAAUGUAUGCACUGUCUGCUCACUCUCUCUUCCUCCCUCCUUCCCUCUCUCUUCUCUAUCUCUCCUCUCUGAUUAUUUAUUACAGUGAGUUCCUAUUGAUUUAGAGCAAAUGGGUUUCUAAUACUUAAGUCUCAUAUGAACUCCCACAUCUCUCUCCCCUGUAGUCUCCUGAACUCCUGGGUCCCCUGCUCUGUGUUGUUUUCAGAUACUGGCUCUGGUUUUGUGCUGAACAGCAAUGGGAACAAGAAUGAUUAUGAAAACAAACCAAUGCAUGAAAUUAAACAAAAGUACACCUUA